AGAUUAUGGUGCGACAGGAGGAGAGUACGUGAGGAGGUGGCAGCAGGCAGCGGUAGCAGCAGCAGCAAUAAAUAAUAAUAGCCACUGAUAGGAGCUGACUCCGGUUCAAGAGCUGUCUCAUUCUUUCUCCCACGAACACGCUUCGCGUUUCCUGCGAGGAGGCGCUGCUUUAAUUGUCAAGGUCCCGUGCUGUCCGAGCGCUGCCAUGUCGGCGAAAGCCAUCUCCGAGCAGACGGGGAAAGAGUUCUUGUACAAGUACAUCAACACCUCGGCGCCCGUGCACAACCGCCUGCGCUACGCUAACGUGACCGCCGAGACCGACUGGAGCCGCCUCACACAGGAGCAUCCAUGGCUGCUGACGGAGCGGCUGGUGGUGAAGCCGGAUCAGCUGAUCAAGAGGCGCGGGAAGCUGGGCCUGGUGGGGAUCGACCUGGACCUGCAAGGCGUCCAGGAGUGGCUGAAAGCGCGACUCAUGACAGAGACCACUGUUGGAAAGGCGAAAGGCGUGCUGAAGAACUUCCUCAUUGAGCCGUUCGUCCCACACUCACAGGAGGAAGAGUUUUAUGUGUGUAUCUAUGCCACGCGUGAGGGCGACCACGUCCUCUUCCACCACGAGGGCGGAGUGGAGGUGGGCGACGUGGACGCCAAGGCCCAGAGGCUGAUGGUUGCGGUGGACGAGAAGCUCAGCGCGGAGCAGGUCACGGAGCAGCUCCUCACGCACGUUCCUGACGACAAGAAAGAAGUCCUGGCCAGUUUUAUAGUGGGGCUCUUCAACUUAUACGAGGAACUCUACUUCACCUACCUUGAGAUCAACCCCAUCGUUGUCACACAAGAGGGAGUGUACGUCCUCGACAUGGCAGCCAAGAUUGACGCCACUGCAGAUUAUAUCUGCAAGGCCAAAUGGGGCGAUGUGGAGUUUCCGCCACCCUUUGGCCGAGAAGCAUAUCCAGAGGAGGCCUACAUCGCAGAUCUGGAUGCAAAGAGCGGUGCCAGUCUGAAGCUCACUCUGCUGAACCCCCGAGGCAGAAUCUGGACCAUGGUGGCCGGAGGAGGUGCUUCAGUCGUCUACAGCGACACCAUCUGUGACCUGGGUGGAGUGGAUGAGCUGGCCAAUUACGGCGAGUACUCGGGCGCCCCCAGCGAGCAGCAGACCUACGACUACGCAAAGACCAUCCUCUCGCUCAUGACGCGUGAAAAACAUCCUCAAGGGAAAGUGUUGAUCAUCGGAGGAAGCAUUGCUAACUUCACCAAUGUAGCAGCAACAUUCAAGGGCAUUGUCAGGGCCAUCAAAGAUUACCAAGGUCCUCUGAAGGAACACGAAGUCACCAUCUUUGUCCGACGUGGAGGCCCCAACUACCAGGAGGGGCUGAGGGUGAUGGGGGAAGUAGGGAAGACCACGGGUAUACCCAUUCACGUGUUUGGAACCGAGACCCACAUGACGGCCAUUGUUGGGAUGGCUCUGGGCCACCGGCCGAUCCCUAACCAGCCCCCGAUGGACGCGCACACGGCCAACUUCCUCCUCAACGCCAGCAGCAGCGCUAAGACUCCAGCCACGACACGAACGGCUUCAUUCUCAGAAAACAAGACGUCUAAUGAUGUCACUCCGGCCAAAAAGUGUAAAGCAGGACUCCCAGCAGACACUCUUCAUUCUAUAAUGUGGCCUCAGAAGAAUGUGGUCACAGGCGGUUGUGAAGAAGUUCAAGCCUCUUCAGGCUGCAGCGGAGCCAAAGCCACCACACUUUUCAGAAACAACACUAAGGCCAUUGUGUGGGGCAUGCAGACCCGGGCCGUGCAGGGCAUGCUGGACUUCGACUACGUGUGCUCCCGGGACGAGCCUUCGGUGGCGGCCAUGGUCUACCCCUUCACGGGAGACCACAAGCAGAAGUUCUACUGGGGCCACAAAGAAAUCCUGCUUCCCGUCUACAAGAACAUGGCCGACGCCAUGAAGAAGCACACCGAGGUGGACGUCCUCAUCAGCUUCGCUUCCCUGCGCUCGGCCUUCGACAGCACAAUGGAGGCCAUGCAGUACCCGCAGUUUCACACCAUUGCCAUCAUAGCCGAGGGCAUCCCCGAAGCCCAGACGAGGAAGAUGAUCAAGAUGGCCGACGAAAAGGGCGUCACCAUCAUCGGCCCGGCCACGGUUGGAGGCAUCAAGCCGGGUUGUUUCAAGAUCGGCAACACGGGCGGCAUGUUGGACAACAUCCUGGCCUCCAAACUCUACCGUCCCGGGAGCGUGGCGUACGUUUCCCGCUCCGGGGGAAUGUCCAACGAGCUGAACAACAUCAUCUCACGCACUACAGACGGCGUCUAUGAAGGCGUGGCCAUCGGAGGAGACAGAUAUCCAGGCUCCACCUUCAUGGACCACGUCCUCCGCUACCAGGACACUCCAGGGGUUAAGAUGAUCGUGGUGCUGGGAGAGAUUGGAGGCACAGAGGAGUAUAGAAUCUGCCAGGGCAUCACAGAGGGCAGGAUAACCAAACCGGUGGUGUGCUGGUGCAUCGGAACCUGCGCCACUAUGUUUGCCUCAGAGGUUCAGUUCGGCCACGCAGGAGCUUGCGCCAACCAGGCCUCGGAGACGGCAGUAGCCAAGAACCAGGCCCUGAGGGACGCCGGGGCUUAUGUACCGAAGAGCUUCGAUGAGCUCGGGGACGUCAUCAGGACUGUUUACGAUGAUCUGGUGGCCAGUGGCACCAUCAUUCCUGCUCAGGAGGUUCCUCCCCCAACAGUUCCCAUGGAUUACUCCUGGGCCCGGGAGUUGGGCCUGAUUCGUAAGCCGGCCUCAUUCAUGACGAGCAUCUGUGACGAGCGAGGCCAGGAGCUGAUCUACGCCGGCAUGCCCAUCACCGAGGUCUUCAAAGAGGAGAUGGGUCUGGGAGGAGUCCUGGGCCUCCUCUGGUUCCAGCGCAGGUUGCCGCGUUACGCCUGCCAGUUCAUUGAGAUGUGCCUGAUGGUGACGGCUGAUCACGGCCCCGCUGUCUCCGGCGCUCACAACACCAUCGUCUGUGCUCGCGCUGGCAAAGACCUGAUCUCUAGCCUCACCUCCGGCCUGCUCACCAUCGGCGACCGUUUCGGAGGCGCUCUGGAUGCAGCAGCGAAGCAGUUCAGCAAAGCAUUUGACAGCGGCAUGCUGCCCAUGGAGUUCGUCAACAAGAUGAAGAAGGAUGGAAAGCUCAUCAUGGGCAUCGGCCACAGAGUCAAAUCUAUCAACAAUCCAGACAUGCGGGUGCAGAUCCUGAAGGAUUUUGUUAAGCAGCACUUCACUUCGACCCAGCUGCUGGACUACGCCCUGGAUGUGGAGAAGAUCACCACCUCCAAGAAACCCAACCUGAUCCUCAAUGUAGACGGUUUUAUUGGUGUAGCCUUUGUGGACCUCCUCAGGACAUGUGGCGGCUUCACACGGGAUGAGGCUGACGAGUUCGUGGAGAUCGGUGCACUAAAUGGGAUCUUUGUCCUUGGCCGUAGUAUGGGCUUCAUUGGUCAUUACCUGGACCAGAAGAGGCUGAAGCAGGGUCUGUACCGCCACCCCUGGGACGACAUCUCCUACGUGCUUCCCGAACACAUGUCCAUGUAAAAGGCCGCGUCGUCUGGGCAGCGUCACACCCGCUUAACGAAUAUAUCUGUACUCUUUGUUUAUGACAGCAGCUGCCAUGAGGAAAAAAAAUUAGGGCAUGACGUUUCUGGAAAGUGGAAGAACUAUCUGAGGGAACCAGGUAGAGGGUUUUUACUCUAGUUUUUAUGGAGAAAAAAGGGGGAAGUAUAUUUUUAGAUUUAGUUUUUGACAAAUUAUCUGAAUCGCAGCAAUUGAAGGAGCACAAAAACCAAUGAAGACGUAAACUCAAAUACAUGUGAGCUGUUGGUGCAAGAGCAGGAUUGAAUGCGCAUUUAAAAGUCCUCACUCGUGCGUUAGAGUCUGGACAGUUCAUCUGCAUGAACAGCUGCUGAACAGCAAUAUGGUACCUUUUUUUUUGUAUGCGACUUACAGACAAAUAGCCACGAUUUAAUUUAAUGAGCCCACGAGGAGGAGUAUGCACCUUAGUUUAAACCCUAGAUGUAAGAUCAGUUUAAGUUUCACCCAGAAAGAAGGAGUUUCUUUCAUUGCAAGUUAAACCAAAGUUGUUUUAGGGGAAUUUAUUUUUGUUAAAAAAUAAAAUAAAAAAAACACAACAAAAUUCAGUGGUAGCUGUUAUACAUAAAUUGUGAAGAAGAGGCCUCCCAAUGGAAUAAAUGGGAGUUAAGGGUCAGUCCACCAUUGCCUUUCCUGGAACCACCAUGUUUACAACCUCGGUUGUAUAGAAGUGGUUGAAGUUCAUCAGCUACUGUAAAUUAGUUGCGGUUUUCUUUUUUUUGUUUGUUUGUUUUGUUUUGUUUUGUGUUUUUUUGUUGUUUUUUUAGGUGUUCAAGUCUUCAUGCAAAGUUUCGAGCUUGUGUUGUGUUUCUGAGUAAACUGUUGGACAAGAAGAAGACGCAGAAGCAUGAAGAGUUUUCGAGCAAAAAUGCUUCGUGAAUGAGCCCUGUGAGUCUUGAAAACGUGUUUUUUGCGAGGGACCAUGAAGGCAUGAAGUCUUACUUAACUUGGAGGAGGAGGAGGAGUGGGGGGGGGGGUACUGUCUCUGAAAUGACAUUGUUCAGCUUUCACUAAAGACUUGACACCAACUCCGUGACACUUUGUUAACAGUCUACUGUAAUUGCCUGCUGUGUUCGAUCUUUGUUUUGCUACUUUUAUUUAACUGUGGAAAAAAAAUGCUUUGUUUUUUUUUUUUUGUAAUAUGCUAUCAUAUAUUAGAAUAAUAAUAAAGAACUUAUUGUUUUACUUUUCA